AUGGGAGUUCAACAUCCUAGUUUGUGGUCUUUCAUCAACUAUUUGCGAAAAGUACAAGCUGGGCGAGAUGUAUUUUACAGCCAACUCGAAGCAGGUUAUGAUGAUUUAAAUCAUUUAAAUACAGCUGUUAAAAAACAUACUGAAUCAGAAAUUCAUAUAGCUGCAUAUUUUAAACUUAAAACAUUUUUAUCAUCUUCAACUGCUAGAAUUGAUAUAUCAUUAGAUAAACAAAGAAAAAUAGAUAUUCAAUUACAUAAUGAAAAAGCUGCUAAAAAUAGAGAAAUAUUAAAAAGAUUAAUAAAUGCAGUAUGUUUUUUAGCUAAGCAGGAAUUACCUUUUAGGGGACAUAAUGAAAACAAAUAUUCAGUUAAUAGGGGAAACUAUAUGGAGUUAUUGAUUUCUAGCCAAGAAUUUGAUCCAUUGUUACAAGAACAUUUAGAUACAUCUACUAUUUUUCGAGGCACUUCUGUUUCCAUACAAAACGAUUUAAUAAAUUCUGUUGCUGAUGUUAUUAAACAUGAGAUUUUUAAUGAAAUUCAAAAUACACAAUACGUGGCAAUUAUACUUGACGAAACGACUGAUAUUAGUAAUAAAUCGCAAUUAUCGACAGUACUGAGAUAUUUUUCACAAAACGAAAACAAAAUUGUUGAACGUUUUCUUGGAUUUGAUGACAUGAGUGCUGACAAAACAGCAGCCUCAUUAUUUAAUCACGUAAAUCAAGUAGUAGAAAAAUUUAAAAUUUAA